CAAGGUAUUUAGGUAGACGCACCUACAGAUCUGCUAUUGCGGUAUCGUGCAGCUGCAUUCCGGACAACCUGUGACCAAAGUAUAAAUCUCACGAGCUUUGGAAGAGGCAUCAUGCCAACCCUGGCGUUGAACAACUUCAACAUUGUCUGCGCUACGUUGGGUGGGUUUAUCUCGGUCUUUGGCUUAGUGUCCUACUUGUUCAAGGAGAGAUUUUAUUUGUCUGAAGCAUUAAUCUCAUUAUUGGCUGGGGUUGUCUUCUCUCCACAUGCAGCCAAUUUCAUAAGGCCUAUGGAAUAUGCACUCGGCUCUGAGCAAAAUUUGGAGGAGAUUACAAUGUACUUCACCAGAUUAGUUCUUGGGGUUCAGCUGGUACUUGCCGGGGUCCAACUUCCGAAACGCUACCUGCAACUAGAAUGGAAAAGCCUGUCAUUGCUGCUGGGACCUGGCAUGGCUGCCAUGUGGCUAUGUAGCAGCCUUGUCGUUUGGGCUAUGAUCCCUAACUUCCAGUUUCUACACGCUCUCAUAAUUGGCGCAUGCGUAACUCCGACCGAUCCAGUACUUUCCAAUUCGAUCGUAAAAGGCAAGUUUGCGGACAAGAAUGUCCCUCGGCCACUUCAAAGGAUCAUUGUUGCUGAAUCAGGGGCCAAUGAUGGCCUUGGAUACCCCUUUCUAUUUUUUGCUAUGUAUCUGCUGAAAUACACGGGGAUGGGAGGGGCUGGGUAUAGCGGAGGCGCCGGGAAAGCCAUGGGUCUGUGGUUCUACGAAACCUGGGCUUACACAGUGAUACUAAGCGUUGUAUAUGGGAUCACUGUCGGCUGGGUUUCUAGAGAAUUGCUUCACUGGGCAGAAGAAAAGCGCUAUGUCGACCGCGAGAGUUUCCUCGUCUUUGCUAUCGCCCUUGCACUUUUUAUUGUGGGUACCUGUGGCAUGAUUGGAACAGACGACCUUCUGGCUUGCUUUGUAGCAGGUAAUGUCUUUACUCAGGAUGACUGGUUCCGUCUCGAAACGAUGGACGAUUCGCUGCAACCAACCAUUGAUAUGCUGCUGAAUUUGGCGAUCUUUAUGUGGUUCGGUGCUGUCUGCCCUUGGUCCUCCUUCCUGAACAACAGUAUUAUUCCAAUCUAUCGUUUGAUAUUCUUGGGAGUCCUGAUCCUGCUCGUUCGCCGGAUGCCGAUCAUUUUCGCAAUGCACAAGUAUAUCGGCCAAAUCGAGCACCUUCUUCAAGCAGCCUUCGUUGGCUUUUUCGGUCCCAUUGGAGUCGGUGCCAUUUUCUAUCUAUCGGUCAGCCGAGAAUUCCUACAGAAUAUCAUCGUUGAUGGCAAAGUCCGGGAUGAUGCACAGAAGGUUUCCGAGGCUAUUGAUGUCGUCGUCUGGUUCUUGGUCAUCUGCAGCAUUGUUGUGCAUGGUCUUUCUAUACCGUUGGUGAAAGCGGGAUAUCAUCUGCCGCGGACCAUCUCCCACGCACUCAGUGUUGGUUCCACGCCUGACGCAGAACCGGUGCCGAUCGCGAACGUACAGCAUACUCACAGCACUGCAACACAAGACAACAACCGAGGACGUAAACGGCCCAGUGCACCUCGAUCUACGACUUUGCAGAUAGGCCGGUCCGUCAUAAAAGCGCAAUUGACGGAUCAGCAGCAACUAGGUACAAAUCAUGAAGGCGAGCCCGAAAGACCUGUAAACUUGGUAGCGCAGGAACCUGACAAUGAGGCUACCUUAGGUAGCAAUACGCUGGGAGGUACUACGUAGUAGCCAUUGAUUCAUUGGUGCUAGUGUGUUGGCCGCGGAAACUGAUCUGCCGAUACAUUCAACAAUGGACCUUAUUCCUCUACCGCCAUUGUCAAGACAUGUCAAUCGCACAAGAAGUUUACCAUGGUGUAUUUUACAAUUCUUGUACAUUCUGAAGGUCAUAUAGUACAGUGGAGAUUUUCUAGUCAACGUCAUUUAUGGUUACUGUGAUCCUUGCAUUGUACCUGGACAAUUAUAGAUCGGCGAUAAGCGCCUCUAAAGAUAUCCAGAGACGAACAAGCUUUAGGACGCCAUCGUGAUCUUAGUAUGUGAAUGGCUCAGAACAGUAAGCUU